AAAGAUCGUGGCUUGGGGGGACAGGCCGAGCCCCAAAGCCAGCCGCAGCCUCAGCCCCUGCUGAAUCAAGGCGGGGACGGGGAAGAGGCGACGCCGCCGCCGGACAAAAUGGGCGAGCAGCACCUCAACAGUCGCUACGACCACCCUAGUUUGGGACCUUUGGGCGGGCAGCAGCAGCAGCCGCCGCCUCCACCGCUACCACCACCGCUACCACCUCAGGGAGCGGGUGGCAGCAGCAGUGGCGGCGGCGGCACUGGAGGAGGAGACGGCGGCGGCCCCUCAGCGGUGGGUGUCUCGGAGUUUAAUAGCUAUUACGGCAACGCUGGCAGCGGCGGCAGCAGCGGCGGCGGAGGCGCCUCCUCAGCGAGCCGGGCCGGGCCUUGCUUUGAUCAACAUGGCGGACAACAAAGCCCCGGGAUGGGGCUAAUGCACCCCGCGGCGGCCCCCAACAUCAUGGACCCCCUGCCCAACUCGCACGAAGGCUACGGCAACAAUCAGUACAACCACUACUCGAGCGCUUACGGCCGGCCUGGCGGCGGCACUAACACAGGAACAGGAGCUGUGGCGGCAGCGGCGGCGGCUGCAGGAGGAGGAGGCGGCUAUGGGGGCUCGUCCUCUGCUUUUGGGGUACUGAGUUCCCCCAGGCAGCACCAGCAGGGCAUGAUGCUGGGCCCUGGCGGCGCCGGGAGCUUGGGAAAGGCAUCCGGGGCUGCGGGUUUCCAAAGAUUCUCCGGGCAAAACCAACACCCGUCUGGAGCCACCCCAACCUUGAACCAGCUGCUGACUUCCCCCAGCCCCAUGAUGAGGAGCUAUGGCACGGGCUACCCUGAUUAUAGUAGCCCCAGCGGUGCCCCAUCGCAGCAGCCGGCUCAGGGAGCAGCCGCCGCAGCCGCCCCAGGAAGUCAGCAGGCAGUCAUGGGCAAGGACAUGGGCUCCCAGUAUGGAGCUGCAAACCCAGCCUGGGCAGCUGCACAACAAAGAAAUCACCCUGCUAUGAGCCCUGGAAGCACUGGACAGACCCUCAGCAGGAACCAGCUCUUAUCUCCUGCUCCAUACUAUCUUUCCCCCAUAUCUUCUGAACCUUCACAUAUUGAUUUCUCUGGGAGAACCGGGAAAACAAAAAUAAUAUUGAAAGACAGAGGAGCUAUCAAAGAAGGCCUUGAGUGAAUUUGCAAGGUAAUGAAGGUAGUAAGGCUGAUAAACUAUAGCAGGUGGGUUAGUCUAGAUUUUUUUUUUCAUCCAUGGUUUAUGGGAUUGCAUUUUGGCUACAGAUUGAUGAAGCUAAUUUAGUAAAUGGGGAAAUAUUGGCUUUUCUUUAAAAAAAAAGUUUUAUUGUUUUA